AUGGCAACUUCGGCCCUGUACGCGUGUACGAAGUGUAAUCAGCGCUAUCCGUUCGAAGAGCUGUCCCAGGGACAACAACUCUGCAAGGAAUGUCGCAUAGCGCACCCCAUAGUCAAAUGCACCUACUGCAGAUCGGAAUUUCAACAGGAGAGCAAAACAAACACAAUCUGCAAGAAAUGCGCCCAGAACGUCAAACAGUUUGGAACGCCAAAGCCUUGUCAGUACUGUAAUAUCAUUGCUGCAUUCAUCGGGACCAAAUGUCAGCGCUGCACAAACUCAGAGAAGAAGUAUGGUCCACCUCAGACAUGUGAACAGUGCAAACAGCAGUGUGCCUUUGACCGGAAGGAGGAGGGGAGGAGAAAGGUGGAUGGGAAAUUGCUUUGUUGGCUCUGUACGUUGUCAUAUCGUCGUGUGCUUCAGAAAACCAAGGAGCAGAGGAAAGGUCUUGGCUCCUCCCACUCAAACUCUUCCUCUCUCAGUGAGAAAGAACAUCAAAGACAACACCAUCAUCAUCACCAUCACCAUCGACACAGCAGUUCCCACCACAAACUCAGUGGUAGCUUGAGUCCAGAGCAAGAACAGGGUCUGUGGAAGCAGAGUCAUAAAUCGUCCUCCAUCCAGAAGGAAACCCCAAAGAAGAAACCAAAACUGGAGCUGAAGCCAUCUAAUGGAGACAGUAGCUCCAUUGCUCAGUCCAUGGACUCCGGCGGGACAGACAACUUUAUUCUCAUCAGUCAGCUUAAAGAGGAAGUGAUGUCACUGAAACGGCUCCUGCAGCAAAGGGACCAGACCAUCCUGGAGAAGGACAGAAAGCUGACCGAGCUGAAGGCAGACUUUCAGUAUCAGGAAUCAAAUAUGCGUCUCAAGAUGAACAACAUGGAGAAAGCACACAAAGAGGCCAUGGAGCAGCAGCAGGCAAAAAAUAGGGAGCUGAUGAAGCAGGUGGCAGCGCUCUCCAAGGGCAAGAAGUUUGACCGCAGUGGAAGCUCUCUCCUGUUGCCAUAGCGAUGGACCCCCUUUGAAACUGAGGUUUCAUCACUGUGAGAAAGCUGACGCCAUGCCCUCAACCCCCCAUCCCCUAGCCUUUCUCUUCAUUUUAUCAGUCUUUUGGUUCCCCGUAUAGACACGGUCAGAUGAGAGCUCAUUCUCAAGCCUGCUCUCUCCCUCUCGGUCUCUCUCUCUCACUGAGUCUGGUGACUUUGGCACAUUGUGGACAGGACUCUGGCUCUGCCCUAAGAGCAGAGUGCACACAUGCGCACACAUACACACACACACUCGACCUGACUGCCGUAUUAAAUCUGUUGUCGCAUAUGCAAAGGCUGUAGAGAUCUCUUUAUCUUUUUGAGUGUGUGUUUGGAUUUUAGACACAAUCAUGUAUACUCUUUUGUUUUUUUAUUAUUAUUAUUAUUGUUCCUCAAGAAACACUCAAUUAUGGACAGAGAUCUGUGGCUCCAGUCCAGCCACGUCACUGAGUGACACCCCACCCCAAUCCCCCCAUCAGUCAUAUGCAAAG